AUGGGCAUAUACUGCACUUACACACGAGGCUUAGUUUGCACGGCGUUCUGCGUCUUCUUCAUUGCCAUCUUAGAAGAUCCUGUUGAGUCGUCAUCAAAUGAAGUGUCAUAUGAAGUGUGCGAAUCUCGCAAUUGUGGAGGCAACCGUCCGAACAUAAGCUAUCCCUUUUAUAUUCCUGAAGAAGGAAGAGAAUUAUGCGGUUACCCUGGAUUUGAGCUCAAGUGCGAAGGAACAAAAACUAUGUAUGGUCCCUUCUCAGUUAAAAGCAUCUCCUACAGUGAGAGUUCCAUCCAUCUAGUAAGCCAAAGGGAUAAUUCUUGCUUUGUUCCUCCUCCCUUCAAUUUACUUCCCGUAAACGUCUUCCUAAAUAAGAGUGAUUCUCUUCGUCAAUUAUGGUUCUUCUAUGACUGCAUCAACACUUCUUUUUCCUUCCCAAUAUCCCCUGUGAAUUGUACUUCUAACGUCACAUACAACGGCUCUGUUGCUUUACUUCCUAAUGGCACUUUCCAUCUGCAAAGUGGAUUCUGCCAGUCAUUUGCAAUGGUACCAGUACAACUGGGGGGAGGGUUCUCUAAUCAAACUAUCAAAGAUGUCGACUACAAGGAGCUGUUGGAGAACGGGUUCCAGUUAAAAUGGGAUUUAUUGACUAACAAGAGUUGUUCUGGUUGUCAAGACAGCGGUGGCCGAUGUGGACGAUCACGAGACAGAGACUUCCUGUGCUAUUGCCCACAUGGAGCUAAUCCCUGGGACUGCAAUAGUGGCCCCGGUGAUGAGGUGGAGAUAGAUGAGCUUUUAUCUUACUAUAAAGUGAUGGCUAGUGCUGAGUCGUCGUACUGGCUAGCACCCAUGAGUGAAGAGAUGGAAUCAACUGAUCAAAAUCAAACAUGGGAGCUGGUCAAUACCCAAAGGCCAAAAGAUUGUCAGGUGCAAAUGGGUCUACAAACGGAAGGAAUACAUUCCUGA